CAGUUCUAUAUGUCCCCAAAUGUUAGGAUAUCCACCACUUUCGGUGAAAAUAUCAGACAAUCAAAGAAAGCAAUACUUUUUCUAUGAUGUUCAAAUUUCAGAUGCAGCUACAUCACAUCACAGCCACAUACAUGUCAAAACUAUGACCAAGUGGCUCACUCUACUCUUUAUUACUUAUUAGUCCUUAUACGCUAGCUGCAUUUUUUGUAUAUAUAAUUCCACACAUAGUGUCACACACAUGACCAUUUUGGUAUUUAAAGCUCUUAUAAUUUUCACUAACUUUCAACCAAAUUUUUAUUAUAGAACAUAAAUAAAAUCAAUAAUCAAACACAUACAUAAAAGAAUCUCUCUUUCUUUUGGUUCUGAUUCUUGAGCUAAUUAAUAAUAAUAAUGGCAAUCUAUAGAAUUGCAAUUGGGUCUCCUGGAGAGGCUGGUCAACCUGAUGCAAUUAGAGCUGCAUUUGCUGAAUUUUUUUCUAUGCUCAUUUUUGUUUUUGCAGGGGAAGGCUCUGGCAUGGCUUACAACAAACUUACCAAUAAUGGACCUGCAACACCUGCUGGUCUCAUAGCUGCAUCACUGUCACAUGCAUUUGGACUUUUUGUUGCUGUUUCUGUUGGAGCAAAUGCCUCUGGUGGUCAUGUCAACCCAGCAGUUACAUUUGGUGCUUUCAUGGGAGGAAACAUUACCCUUUUGAGAAGUAUUUUAUAUUGGAUUGCACAAUUACUUGGUUCAGUUGUUGCUUGCAUUCUUCUCAAGUCUGCUACUGGUGGAAUGGAGACAUCAGCUUUUGCUAUAUCUUCAGAUAUAUCAGUUUGGAAUGCACUAGUUUUUGAAAUUGUGAUGACAUUUGGAUUGGUAUAUACAGUUUAUGCAACAGCAGUAGAUCCAAAAAAAGGAAAUGUAGGAGUUGUUGCUCCAAUUGCAAUUGGUUUUAUUGUUGGUGCAAAUAUCUUAGCUGGUGGAGCAUUUGAUGGUGCAUCAAUGAAUCCAGCUGUCUCAUUUGGGCCUGCAGUUGUUAGUUGGACAUGGACUCAUCAUUGGGUCUAUUGGGUUGGCCCAUUUACUGGUGCAGCAAUUGCUGCAAUCAUUUAUGAUAAUAUCUUUAUUGGUGACGAUGGUCAUGAACCCCUCAGUGAUUUUUAGAAAACCAAAUUUUAGAAUAUAUUUUUUUAAUUAAUUUAUACUUGUUUUCUCCAUAUUGAGGAGGGAAUAAAGUGUUGGAAUUUUUUCAACUCCUUUUGAGAUGGUAAUUAGGAAUGAAAAUGAUUUUUGAGUACUCAAUAUUUUUGUUGUAGAAAUUAACGAUUUCUAGCUCUUUCUUUGAUGUAAUAGGGAUGAACAAGAAAAUUUUAUAGAUGAAUGUAGUUAGUUUUAUGAAUAAUAUUUUUUUAAUGGUUA